AUGCCAUACAGGUGUCUCUUACUCGUCCUCCUGUAUAUCUUCCAGUAUGUUUCUGCCACCGGAUAUUUGGGAUUGUGUUUCACAAAGUUCAAAGGUUCGACCUUCGAGUCGGCCGUGAAGCUGAGCUCCCAAUCUCCGUAUUUGCAGAAACGAGCUCUGCAGCGCGACGAGUUUCUGCAAGUCCAGCUCACCAACAAAAACGACUUUUACUCAGUGACACUCGAUAUUGGCACCCCGGCGCAGCAAGUUACCGUGCUUUUUGAUACUGGAUCUUCAGAUCUGUGGUUCUCGUCAAGCCAAAACCCUUACUGCUUAAAUCAUGAGACGGACGAUACCGAUUACGACCGCAGGGCAAACCUAUACGAAGCAACUUCCACGAUAUCUGCUGCUCCAGAUACUACGUUUAUGGGUGUUCCAAUCGCCCCCACUAUUGACUGCGACCAAUUCGGGACGUUUGACUACUCGAAUUCGUCAACAUUUGAAGCAAAUACAUCAAAACCUUUCCGCACUCUGUAUGCCGAUGGCUCUUAUGCAUUGGGCUUCUGGGGGCGCGACGAGCUGUAUUUGGACGACGAAGAGAUCUCGCAGCUCGAAUUCGCAGUCGCUGAAAUCUCUAAUUCAACCGUUGGAGUUCUUGGCGUGGGAAUUAGACAACUAGAAUCUACCUUCAACUACUUUAACGGCUCAACCUACACAUAUCCAAACUUUCCCGUCAUUCUGAAAGAAAAAGGGGUUAUUGAAAGGAUUGCAUUUUCUCUUUACCUGAAUUCAUUAGAUGCGUCGACGGGAUCGGUCCUGUUCGGUGGUGUCGACCACAGCAAAUAUACUGGAGACCUUUACACCGUGCCACUGGUCAACACUUAUAAGAGCAAAGGUGUUCCGCAACCGAUCCAAUUUGAGAUCACCGUGCAAGGGGUGGGUAUGAAGAGCAAAAAAUCAUGUCAGCAAGAGACAAUGAGCACCAUCAAGUUUCCCGCAUAUUUAGAUUCUGGGGCUACAUUGAUGUUUAUGGACGCAUCGAUCGUGGAAAAAGUAGCACAAUUUGUGAACGCGACUUGGUCCGACGAUUGGCAAUUUUACAUGCUGGACUGUCCAGCCGAUAAUGACGACACAAAGAUAGUUUUUGAUUUUGGUGGACUUCAAAUAAAUACACCGUUGUCAGAUUAUAUUCUGCAGACCGAUCAAGAAGGCCUUUGUGCGUUGGGCAUAAUUCCAGGUGACCAGCAUGCAACAUUCGGGGACGUCUUUCUGUCUUCAGUUUAUGCAGUAUACGACUUGGAACAGCUAGAAAUUUCUCUUGCACAGGCCAACUACAAUGCCGGGUCUCCUGAGAUUGAUGUCAUACGCUCCACUAUUCCUGGAGCUAAGAAAAUGCCACACUAUAGCAACACUUGGGAGCAAGAUGCAAGUGACGUUGCUUUGGUCACUAAGGACCUCUUCAGCUCCCAUAUGCCAUGUCGGACAACAAGCAGAACUCACAACAUACCCACUAACAGUUCGACACUUCACAAGCAAUCACCUUUCAAUAUUUCACAGACUAGCAUUCCCCACACACCCAGUGGAAACAACGCCACUAUCACGUCGCCUGUUGAGCCCCAUUUGAGCAGUCAACAACCUAAAACCUCCAAACCAAGCACAGAGUAUGAAAGUUUGACUAGCUCACCUUUCUCAACGUCAAACACUUAUACCAUUACGGAAACAACAAAAAGCACGGCCUGGGAAAGCAGCGAGUGCGGUUCACCAGACGAAUUCGAGUUUAGCUACACGGGCAAAAUGUACAAAGUCUCAACACUGUAUCCAGCCCAAAACAUCAGCCGCAACGAAACGGGUGAAAGUUCAUUCGCAGCAACUCCCGCAAAUGUCUCCAGACAUAGCCUCUCAUUUAUCACAGGGACCGUAGUAAACCCCGGUACUGCUAUAACUUCAUCAGUACUUGAAGUUAUAAGCGAAACUCGCCCAGUAGUUGCAUCAGGCACCCCGUCGGCUACGAGCAUUUUUACAAUCCAGUCUUUGAGCUCCGGAUUUUCCUCGACACCGAUAAAGCAAGACACGUUGUCGGGCUCCGCCACCAGUAUUCGCACAAUAAAGCAGACAUCAGCGGUUUCGAUAGAGCUCCAAAGCUCCGGGAAAAGCACUGACCAGAUUGCUGCUGAGACCGCUUGCCAGAGUUGCCUUUCCCAAGCUACAACAAGCUCUGUGUUUCACUCAACGGACGAUUUGUACCAAGGCAGCGGAAUAUGGACGGUAAUCUCAGAUUCUGAAAAUCCUGGGAAGACUAGUGGCAGUGGCCGAAUUACAGGGUCCUCUGAACUGGUAAGUGGGGCGCAGGUGAAAGGAACGCUCUCGCCCUCUUCAACUUACUACAUUGUUACACAGUCGGAUUCUGGUUGCUCUAGAAGACACACAAUAAAUUGUGGACUUGUUGCAACUUUAAUGACGUUUUUCCUCACAGUUCUAUCUGCUUUAUGA